AUGAAUUAUGUCCAUCUGAAGGGGAGAAAAAUAGCAAACACUAUUCGCAGAACGGUGAUUGGCGUGGAGCCGGAUAGAAUUAGUUGCUUACCAGGUCAUGUAAUAGAUCAGAUUCUCUCAUACUUGCCAAUUAGGGAAGCAGUGAAAACAAGUGUUUUGUCCAGUGAAUGGAGGAAUAAAUGGCACACACUACCAAAUAUUGUGUUUGAUUUAAAUUGUGUCUCUAAUAUUGAAGCUAUCAAAGAUCCUUCAAUUUUUAUGAGCAAGCUGUUGAGAAUUGUUGAUCAUGUACUUCUACUUCAUUCUGGACCGAUCAACAAGUUCCAGCUCUCCGACCCCGGUUGUGAUCUCAGUGAUGUUAACUCUGUGGCUGAUAUUGAUCGGUGGAUUCUUCGUCUAACAGAAAAGUCUAUUAAAGAGUUCGUGUUGCAAAUCUUUGUAGCGAAGAAGUACUAUAAGAUACCCCAAUGCUUGUUCUCAUGUCAAAGUUUACAGAAUUUAAAAUUAGACUGUUGUUGUAUUCAACCUCCAACAACGUUUAAAGGCUUCAAGAACUUGAAAAGUCUUGAACUAUAUCAGGUUACAAUGGCUCAAGAUGCUUUUGAAAACUUGAUAUCCGGCUGCCACCUGCUAGAAGAUUUGAAAUUGUUAUAUCUUGAAGGUUUAACCCAACUUAAUAUCCAUGCACCAAAUCUGAAGAAAUUUCUCAUCGUUGGUGAUUUUGUGGAUUUUAGCUUUGACAACACUUUCCAAUUAACUGAGUUAGGUUUAUUUUCUUUUGACUCUCGAAGCAAUCAUAGUCAAUUGCGUGGAUGCUCAAGUGAUGUGCCGGUAAAACUUCCGACACCUUGUAUCAAUUUAAGUUCUCUUUUCAUAUGCAUAAGGUUCAAUGACUUGAAACAAAUUUUGGCUGCUCUUUGCUUGCUUAGAAGCUCACCUAAUCUUCGAAGAUUGGAAAUAGCUGCAAAGCUUGAGAAACAUACUGACCUUUUAACACCCGCCUCCUAUUGUUGGAAAGAUGUCUUUUUGGAGCCACCCGUGCCCCUCCGAGUGCGCCAUGUGAGCAUAAAAGGAAUCUCUGACAAUACAUCUGAAUUAGAUUUUAUCAGAUUUCUACUUAUGUAUUCUCCCAUGCUAGAAAAGAUGACGGUGAAGCUUGAAAUAAACGUCACACCCGAGUUGAUGACAAAAAUUAUUCAGUUCAAGAGAGCAUCGGAACAAGCUGAAGUUAUUUACCAAGAGAAUGAUUCUUCGUAA